GGACCCGGAAGUGGAGUUGCCUAGUCACCGCAGUGGCUGAGCUGCUGACAGGAGGUGGCGGCGGAGGAGGAGGCGAGGCAAGACCUGCAGCUCGGCCGGGCCUCAGCCGCGGUGGCGCUAGGCAAGCCCACGAAGCCACGCCGGCCUUAGCCCGACCGCGAAUCUCUUGCCCCCAGCCCUCUGGUCCAUCCGCCUCGCUUCCUGUCCGCCCGAUUCGUCUGGGGCGGCCUAGUCUGCACCACCCGCCGGGUUCUUGGGGCCCCGCGCGGUCCUGUCGGCGUCUCCGGCCGCGCCUGGCCCCUGGCCCGCUCGCUCGCCGGCACCAUGAUGGAGGAGAUCGACCGGUUCCAGGUGCCCACCGCUCACUCGGAGAUGCAGCCGCUGGACCCAGCCGCCGCCUCCAUCUCAAACGGAGACUGUGACGCCCGGGAGGGUGAGUCAGUAGCCAUGAAUUACAAACCAUCCCCGCUCCAGGUGAAGCUGGAGAAGCAGCGGGAGCUGGCCCGGAAGGGCUCCCUGAAGAAUGGCAGCAUGGGCAGCCCUGUCAACCAACAACCCAAGAAGAACAAUGUCAUGGCCCGGACAAGGCUGGUUGUCCCCAAUAAAGGCUAUUCCUCACUUGACCAGAGCCCAGAUGAGAAGCCACUGGUAGCCCUUGACACGGACAGCGAUGAUGACUUCGACAUGUCCAGAUACUCCUCUUCUGGCUACUCCUCUGCUGAGAUCAACCAAGAUUUGAACAUCCAGCUGCUGAAAGAUGGCUACCGGUUAGAUGAGAUCCCCGACGACGAGGACCUAGACCUCAUCCCUCCCAAGUCCGUGAACCCCACCUGCAUGUGCUGCCAGGCCACGUCCUCCACCGCCUGCCACAUUCAGUAGCGGGCACCGGGGCCACUGCGGCUUCAUGGGGGAGGUGCGACUCCACUUGGGCCAGGUUGGAUGGGGCAGGGGCUGACCCUUCCCUCGCUCUUCACCUGCCCCCGGGCCGUCCCCCCUAUAGCUGCCAACCCUGUAACAGUCAUUGCUUCCUCCUAUGGUAGGACGUGUACCUCUGUGUGUUCAUGGAGCCGGAGAAACCAAAACCGGGUCUCUCUCCACCCGGGGGGCUGAGGAGGGGUAGGGCUCUUUGUUCAGUUACAUGAGGGACCUCACUCAGCAACCUGUCCUCUUCCCCAAGGCUACAGUCUCGGGGCUGCGGGACUGGACGUCAGGGAGGUCAACACUAAUAUGCAGGGAGGAGGGAAUCACACAGUCAGCCAAGCCAUGAAUCCCCCAGCCCCAGCCUGACAAGGAAAGGGGUUUGGAGGGACAAAGGCCCAAGGCAGUGGGAGCAGGUCCUAGUAUCCAUGUGCCCCCUGCUAGCCCAUGUACCUCCUUGUACUUUCCCCCUCAUCUCCAGAUGGGAAGCCUGUCAAAGAGGCUGCAUGGGAUAUUGUCCCUAGCCCGUCAGAUUACUGCCUUCCUCCUCUUUGUCCCAUUCAUCCCCUUCCUUGCUCUCUGGCAUGGGAGAAGGUAAAGAGGCCCACCGGGGAGUGGUAAGACCUGUCCUCACUGGCCCCUAACCAACGCAUCUAUCUAUCUCUCAGCCGCCCCUGUCCCCCACCCCCAAUACUUUUGUCCAUUGGUCCCAGGCUGGAAGUAGGGGGUAAGCUAGCCUUUAAUGCCCCAUUCCCAUCUGACCCCAGCCCAAAGUCUGGGGGGGCUGGUUCCUAUUAAAAUUCUUCAAAGAGCAAGCUUAGGAAAAUACAGUGGGCUGAGCGGUUGUGCAUAUAUGGCAGUGAGUACUUGGCAGUGUGUGUGUGUGUGUGUGUGUGUGUGUGUGUCUGUGUCUGUGUCUGUGUCUGUGUCUCUUUUUUGCUGGACCUAUCUCUCCAGGUUUCUCUUCCUGUCAUAGAUGUGUCAGAUGUGACCGUGUAAUCUGUUUACAAUUGGGAGAGGCUGCUCAGCAGUGUAGUGGACUGAGAGUCUGGCCUGGGAGCCCAAAGCCUGUAUUCUGGUCCUAAUUCUGAUGCUCCAUAAGCUCUUCCAUAAGCUACGUGCUGUCUCUGGGCUUCAGUUUUCUCAAUUGAAAAAUUAACAGCAGCUGAAAUUAUUGUUAAGGUUCUUUCAUACCCAAAGGAAUUUCUUCACAGGAAUUUCUGCAGAGGAGUAUGAGAUCUCUGUGUGUCUUUGAGUGUAUCUAGGGGGCUCUCUGGGGUGUGUGUUUGUGUGGAAAGGGGAAGGGGAAGUGCAUGUGGAUCUGUGUGGAAGAGGUUUGUGUGUCCAUGUGAAUUUGUGCAGAGGUGUCUACUUUGUGUGUGCAGCUGUGUGAAGUAUCUGUGGGUCAGAAUAUUUGUUCUGUUGCUUCUGCUACUAUUGCUGGUCUAGGGUCAGAGGCCAAAACAGCUGAGGAUAAAGAUCAAGAGGGAAGAGGUUAAUAGGGCCCUCCUCUAGGCUGGACAGUUUAGAACCUGCCUCCAUGUGAAGAGAAAUGAAAGCACAUGUAGCCUCAGAUUGCUUGGACCUAUGCCCACAAGUCUCCUCCCACAGAGCAAAGAUGUACACUUUCCCAGUCCCCCAUGCUGAUAACCAACACACGCUGGUGUAUCCACUGUCAUGGAUACCACCCACAUGCUACUUUCUGGACACUAGUCCUGGGAAGUAGGAGCUGGAAGGGGGUUAGGAAGAGGGGGCAGAGGGGUAGCACCAUUCCCUGAUCCCCAUCCAGGAGCUGCCAACUCCAAAGUGUCGGAGUGCAACUCUCUAUUCCCCACACUUCCAACGCACCUUUAUAUCUUCUAAUGCAAGGACUCUACUUAGAUGAUGAAAAAAUGCCAAAGGGAGGCAAGGACAAUAAAGGUAAAUUCAGGUCCCACGAGAACCAUAGUGACCCCCACCUGAGCCCCUCUCCCAUCCUGGUCAGCAUCCCACCACCACUGUCAUCUGGACCCCAGAGCCAGGCCUCCUACUAUACCAUUACCCCCUGGGCUCUUUGAUUCCCCUUCUAGAACUCGGGUACCUCUUCUUUUUUAGACUUCCGUGUUUUCUCUUGACUUACUGUGUGACUUUGGCCCAUUGAUCAAUCUCUGUGGCCCUGAGGAAGCAGGAAAAAGUUCCCUUUCCACAGGACGUACUAGUUUCCUGGCAGGCAAGGGCUUCAACUAAGGCAGUACAUGUAUGGCGGGGAGAGACAGGAAGCUGGGAGCCAGCAGCUUCUUCAUCUAGAGAGUUCAUGGUUCCCUCCUUUGCAUUCUAGGAGGCUGAAGGGGAAAAACCAAGGCCUUGGCUUGCUCCUGCCCCUGUCCCUUGUAGAUACUGCCUUAACACUCCCCUUAACCCCCAGCUGUGGCUGCUACCCAGCCAGGUUUCUCCGUGCUCACUAAUUUAUUUUCAGGAAGGUGUGUGGAAGACAUGAGCCGUGUAUAAUAUUUUUUUUAACAUUUCCAUUGCAGUAUUGACCAUCAUCUUUGGUUGUGUAUCGUGUAACACAAAUAAUGAUAUUAAAAGGAUCAAACAA